ACCACAAAAAUCAGACAUGAACUAUUUUCUAAAUUUAUUGUUAGUUAUUUUUUCAAUUAAAUGUAGCAUUUCGUCACUUGAUUAUGACGAUUUUCAACCAUAUAUGGUGGGAAGUGAUUUGGACAAAGAAUGGGAUGCAUUUAAGAGAAAAUUCAACAAGAGCUACUCGAAUUACCACGACUACGCAAAAAGAAGAGCAUGGGAGGACAAUCUGGAUAAAAUAAGACAACAUAAUGAAGAAGCUGUACAAGGCAAGCAUUCGUACUUCAUCAGAGAUAACCACCUAUCAGACUUGUCCAAUUACCAGUAUUUGCAAAAAAUGGUGAAGCUAACGAAGAGCAGGCACAGAAAAGUGGAAGCGGACAUGGUGGGCGAUCUGUACGAAAGACUGAUGCACAUCCCGGAAUCUGUAAAUUGGCUCGAAAAAGGAUUUAAAACGCCGUAUUACAAUCAGAAAGACUGUGGUUCGUGUUAUGCAUUCAGCAUAGCAGGCGCCAUCCAGGCGCAAAUCUUCAAACAGACCGAAAAACUGGUACCACUAAGUGAACAGCAAAUCGUUGACUGCAGUCUGUCGUAUGGAAAUUACGGAUGUGCCGGAGGAUCCUUGCGGAACACCUUGAGAUACUUACAAAAAGUUGGAGGGCUCAUGGCGUAUAGUGAUUAUCCGUAUAAAUCAAAGAAACAAAAAUGCGUGUUUGACAAACACAAGACUUUGGUGAACAUUACAAGUUGGGCAGUUUUGCCGGCACGGGAUGAAAGAGCCUUAGAAGCUGCAGUUGCUAAAGUAGGACCAGUUGCAGCCUCCAUAAAUGCUAGCCCUCACACAUUUCAACUUUACCACUCUGGUAUUUACGACGAUGCAAGCUGUUCCUCUGAUCAUGUGAAUCACGCGAUGCUCAUUGUUGGAUAUACAAACGACUCGUGGAUCUUGAAAAACUGGUGGGGCAGGCAUUGGGGUGAAAAUGGAUACAUGCGACUAAGAAGACGCAAGAAUCGGUGUGGUGUUGCAAAUUAUGCUGCAUAUGCUUUAGUUUAAUAAUUAAAUAAUGUGUAAAAAAUAUAUUAUAUAUUACUAAUUAAAAAUAAAUUUGUAUUGUCC